AAUUUGAUGAAUAAAUGUAGGUGUGGAUAUUUAAAAUGAUUAUAUAUAUAUAUCAAGCUAUACUAUGCACAGCUAACAGCUAAUCUAUUAUUGGAAAAAUUACACAACUCAAGUUCAUGGUUGAAUCCUCUCUAUUUAUAUAAAUAGUUUAUGUAUCUGUAUCCUGCUUUCUAUAAUGUCAUUAGUGAGUGGCAGCAACAAUAUUGAAAAAAAUAUCUUUAUAUUAUAUAAUGCUCAAAAAUGGAAAGAAAUCAUUGCUUUAUUUUACACAACUAAUGAUCUCAAGAGAUUAUCAUGGGUAUUGCCUGAUAUAGAUGAUUUGUAUUGGAUGAAUAAUAUUGUACGAAAGUAUAAUUUAUUUGCAAUUGCAAGUAUUGGUUGUGGUAGUGGAUUACUAGAAUGGUUAUUACAAAAAUAUUCAGGAUUAGACGUUAUGGGUAUAGAAUUAGAUAGUGGCUGGUGGAAUAGCAAAUAUUCUCCACCGAAAUUCUUAAAAAAUAUUAUUUUUGUUGAGAAGUCAACAAAUUUUCAAGUACCAAAACGAUACGCUAUGUUAUUUUGCUAUUUUAAUAACAAUAUUGCAUUCUGUAAUUAUAUAGAAAACUACAAAGGCAAUUUAAUUCUAGUCAUUGGACCUAUGCAAGGAAAUAAUUGUACAACAGAUCCAUUACCAUUUGAUGACAAAUUUGAAAAAUAUAACUGGAAAUUAAUAGAUAAGAAAAAACUACGUUCAAAUAAUUACAUUACUGCAUACACUAAACAAUAAAUAUACAAUAAUACA